UAAAGAAAAUGUUAUUGAUAAUAAAACAACCAUUUGUGAGAAAGAAACAAUAAUUGGUAAAAAAGAAACAACCGCGGAUACGAAAGAAACAAUCAUUGAGAAGAAAGAAACAACUAUUGAUAAGAAAGAAAUAACCAUUGAGAAAAAAGAAACAACCAUGGAUAAGGAAGAAACACCCAUUGAUAAGAAGGAAGUUAUCGAUGAUAAGAAAGAAACAAACAUUGAUAAGAAGGAAGUUAUCGUUGAUAAGAAUGACAGAAAUGUACUUACUGCGGAAAAAUUGUUGGAACUGGAAUACAAAUCAGAGUGGGCAAAGUAUCAAAUCACAAAACGUGAAUGUGAAUUUAUGAAUGAACAGUUAUUGUUGCGCGAAAAAAAACUGAAAAAAUUUAAAAGUUUGUUGGGAUUUUGUGACUGCACGAUUGAUUGCGUAGACAGGAAAUAA